GUUUUGCUCUACGAAAGGUUCUUGUCUUUUAAUCCAGAAAAAAAUAAUAAAAAAAAAUUGUUGAAUUAAACGGAAUCAUUUUAUUAAAUAUAAUAUGGUAAAUUGAAAUUUUCAUUUGGGUUUGGUCGAACUCGAGCCGUCGGUGUUCCUCUGUUUCAUAGUCGUGCCGAUGUGUGCAGCAGCAUUCCCAGUGCCUUGGUGCGUGGGCGCGUCUACCUCGAGAGUCAACCGCAAGUUCAAUUCGGCGCGAGCGGCGCUGGUUGAGGCGAAACCAAGGUACGUUCCAGCCCUUAACGGCGCCGGCGCCGGCGCCGGCGGCGAUGGAAGCGCCGCCGAAGCCCUCUCGCGAGAGAGAGACACUCCCGCCCUGGUUCCUGUGACGUCCGUCCGAGACCGAGCUGAUGAUAUGCAAGCGGAAGCCGCGGCCAUGGCCCGCGCUGCCGGCGCUUCCGUCUACAGCCCGGAGCUCUUGGCCACCAAAUACGGCUCUCGCCCGAUUAAGGUGGCGCGCAGGGCGGUGGAGAUAUUUUCGGGAUUAGGUUCAUUUGCCAUCAGCUUGUGGCUCGACCAAGUCAAUGGCCAACUCGAUCGGAACCAGAGACGGCGCGCAGUUCAGCUGCGGGAAACUUUCAUUAGAUUGGGGCCCACUUUUGUCAAGAUUGGCCAGGGCUUAUCUACCAGGCCCGACUUGUGCCCGCCCCAAUAUCUUGAGGAGCUUUCUCAGUUGCAGGAUGCUUUGCCAACAUUUCCAGACGCAGAAGCAUUUUCAUGUAUCGAGAGAGAGUUGGGAUGUCCACUUGAUUCUAUGUACUCUUCAAUAUCUGCAUCCCCCAUUGCUGCUGCCAGUCUAGGCCAAGUAUACAAAGCAGUGUUGAAGCUCUCUGGGCAGGUUGUUGCUGUGAAGGUACAAAGGCCUGGUAUCGAAGAAGCUAUUGGGGUGGAUUUUUACCUAAUAAGAGGCUUGGGGUUUCUCAUAAAUAAAUACGUUGACUUUGUAUCAAGUGACGUUGUUGCUCUUAUUGAUGAAUUUGCUCGAAGAGUUUAUCAGGAGCUCAACUAUGUUCAGGAAGGGCAAAAUGCAAGGAGAUUUAAAAAAUUGUAUGCAGACAAAGAAGAUGUCCUUGUCCCAGAUAUUUUCUGGGAUUACACAAGCGGAAAGGUGCUAACAAUGGAGUGGGUUGAAGGUGUUAAACUAAACGAGCAAGCUGCUGUUGAGAGACAAGGGCUCAGCCUUCUGGAUCUCGUGAAUACUGGCAUACAAUGCAGCCUUCGGCAGCUGCUUGAGUACGGUUAUUUUCACGCAGAUCCUCAUCCAGGGAAUCUCUUAGCUACUCCUGAUGGGAAGCUUGCUUUUCUUGAUUUUGGAAUGAUGAGUGAAACUCCUGAGCAAGCAAGAUCAGCCAUAAUUGGUCACGUUGUACACAUGGUUAAUCGGGACUAUGAGGCCAUGGCACGUGAUUACUAUGCACUAGACUUUUUGUCUCCAGAUGUUGAUGUAUCUCCCAUUGUACCAGCUCUGAGGGACUUCUUUGAUGAUGCACUAAAUUCAACCGUCAGUGAGCUCAACUUUAAAACCAUUGUGGAUGGUUUGAGUGCUGUUUUAUACCAAUAUCCAUUUAAUGUGCCUGCAUAUUACGCCUUGAUUUUAAGGUCUCUCACUGUCCUAGAAGGUUUAGCACUGUAUGCUGACCCAAAUUUCAAGGUGUUGGCUGCCUCAUAUCCAUAUUUCGCUAAAAGGCUUCUGACCGAUCCUAAUCCAUAUCUCAGAGAUGCUCUUAUUGAGCUGCUUUUUAAGGAUGUUAUUGUUUGCUACAGGUGGAAUAGACUUGAAAACUUGCUUGUCCAGGGGAAAAAGGACAGAGAUUUCAAUGCAAAAGAUGCUCUACAACCUGUCUUAAAACUAUUGUUGGGCCCAGAUGGUGAAGAACUUAGGGUUUUAGUAAUUAAAGAAGCUGUGCGCAUUACUGAAGCCGUUAUCCUGGGCUCAGUGGUCGAAUCAUAUAACUAUAUCCCAGAUCCUAUACGUUUGCUUCUUUUUAACGUGAACUCAACGGGACCAUUAGUAAUGAGCAGUGCCGAACAGGAAAACAUGGUUGAACUUAGGGCACAAGUAUUCAGAAUAUGGGAACUUCUUCGAUCCUCGGAUAACUUUGAUCCUAGUAUUUUGCUGCCUAUACUGCAGGUACUGCGAGAACCUGAAGCACGAGUUCUUGGUGGGCGUGUGGUUGGUGGAAUUACUCAGCGUCUUGCGGCGCGCUUGUUGCAGCAAGUUCUUAGAGAUCCACCUACAGCUUCAUCUUAAUGCUGCUCUUAUUUAUUUUCAAAGCUGGGGAAGGUGUUCUAUCUGUUGUAUGAUGUAAACUGGUUCCUUGAUUUCUACCCGGAUUCGCUAUUAUGGAACUUAUAGGCCUCUUAUACAUUUAUAAAUCCCAUCUAUCACCAAAGUAAGUAUAAAAGAUAUCAAGGAUCACAUCUAAGUCUAAGGUGUGCUUUUCUUGUCACUUGUUUUUGUCCAUUUUGUUGGAAAAUAGUAUUAAUACUAUUUUUUUUGCAGAUAUAAUAUAUUAUAUUAAUCCCCUUAUGUAUAAUUUUUGAAUAUUU